CGGGCGAAUAACUACUUUUUGGCGACGUAAGAAAAUUCAAAUGUAAAUGUUGUCGAAUUCGUUAAUUAAUGCUAUCAUGAAUCAAGGAAACUCUUCAGUUCAGUCGAGAAAGAGGUUUUCAAAAAAUUCUUUGAUCCUGUCACACGACAACAAUUGCAAAUUAAAACCAUUACCUUCGUCAACAUGUAUAUCAAACCCUACAACGGCGGAUCCGAAAACAAAUCUAUCAGAAGACAGCAAAAUUAUGCUUGAUUAUGGAAAAUCUACUUACGUUAAUAAAACGGUUUCCAAUGCGAAUCUUUCUGCGAGAAAAUUAUGGAACAAUUCGUCCAAAAUGACCAGAAAUUCCUUUGCCAUAAAUGACGUAAUCGAAGAAGAAAGUGAGCUCAUUGGCAUGUUGACUAAACAACUGCAUUUAGCUGAGUCACAAAUGCGAAAAAUGCAAUCCGUUUUGACGAAAGCCGAGGAAGGCUUGCGAACUAAGGAUCAGGAAAUUGGACGCUUAAAGCGGAAGAUUAAAGAGUGGGAAACUAAGUAUAAAAGUCAGGAACUGCUGCGAAAGAAGGAGCAACGAAGUCAGGCUAAGAACUCAAAAUAUUUUUAUCAACGAUGUCUAACGCUAGAACAUAAGAUCAGCGAAAUGGAGAAGUUCUUGGCUGAUUAUGGAUUAAUAUGGGUGGGUGACGUCAAAAAUACGACAAACGUAGAUAGUAGCAAUAAUUAUAUCAACACGUGCUAUGAACAGUUAGUUACGAAUAUCGAUCAGUUGAACCUAGCUGCGGGAAAGGGUGAAGUUCACAUUCAUCAUAAUGAGAAAGGAGGAGGAGCGACAUUCAAAACUCCUUCCUGCAUGGCAUUGAAAUUUUAUAAAAAUGGUAUGUGCGUCAAUGGAGGACCAUUGCGAUCUUACUAUGAUCCGACUGCAGUUUCGUUUAUUCGUGAUAUUCUAGACGGAUAUUUUCCAUCUGAAUUGCAACAAGAAUAUCCUGACGGAGUGCCCUUUAUGAUAGAAGAUCAUAGAACAGAAUUGCAUAUAGAUGAUUCUGCUAGUUUUCCUGGUCAAGGAUAUCGUUUGGGAAAACAAUCUCCAAUGGAUAAUUUGUUAUCGACAAAUUUACGCAGAUCAAAUAGCAUUUAUCAAAGAUAUGCUCGUGCAAACCCUUCGCCGAAAGAUAGCACUUCCGAGUACAUUCCGCUUUUAUCACUUCCAAGCCGUUUGGAUCCCAGAACCUCUUCAGAAUCGCCUUCUGUCGAUAUAUAUUCUUUGAGAUCGCAGAUUUUGGCUUCGCAUAAUAAUGUUUGUUCUAGUUCUCACAUUCAGUCUCACGUUAACGCUGAAUUAGCACGAAAUAGUCGACGAGAAAAAAGAGAGUUGGCUACAAAAAACGUGGAAUAUGAUAUGUCGAUGAGUGAACAAUUAUCCAGGUCGAAAGAUACCUUGAGAUCUACAAGUAGCAGCAGGACAAGACACCGUAGUUUUUCUGAUAGAUCAUCAAGUAGAUCACAAAUCGUUGAUAGUCGGUUACGUUCGAAAUCUGCCAGUUCGUCCGCAGGGCGAUUGGGUAUAGCUACGCAAUCGACAUUACGGUCGAAAGCAUUAAGCACAGCGGAAGUCAAUAAUAUCGAUGAGCUCAAGAUUGCCAAUCUUGUCUCUGAGUGUUUCGCGACGAAACAUCCUCGAGGUUCAAGAUCGGCUACUUGUGCAAGAAAGAGUUUGCCUCCAAUAUUACGUCAGAUUAAUGAAGCGACUGGAAAACCUAACGAGUUGCGAUUGAAAGUUAGAUCAUUAACUGGUAGUACUAUAUAUUUGGUACACUUGUUGGCCGACGAAUCGGUGACGAAAUUAUAUGAAUUACUUGACAAAGCUAUGCAAACAUCCGGGUAUAGAGGAUACAAAGUAGUGUUGAGCGGGUAUUCACCGAAGAGAUUGCAACGUAUAAGUACAUCCUUAAAGGAAAGCGGAAUUAAUAGAGAUUGUGUUCUCCAUCUUGUGAAUGAUUGAAUGUUUGUUAGCUCAUGAAAGUAGAUUUUAUAUUUCUAUAUGUUGUAUAAAGACAAGUAUGUGGAAACCAUAAAAAUUUAGAAUCUUUGGUAUAUAAAUUUGCAAAUAAAAGA